CUCUUUCUUUUCCAAACUAUUGUCCGAUUAUCAAUCUAAUCUCUUUCUUUUCCAAAUUAUUUGUAUGGCAAGUUUAUCAAAGCUCGACAAUUGGUUGAACGAUUAUCAUGAACAAAUAUGCAAUCGACAUGAGAAUAGAAAGUAUGAAGAUAUUGUCAAGUUCUCUGAAAUUUGUACUAAUACCCGAAGAAUUAAUGACAUGCAAGCAUCAAUUUGGGAACUGUGCAGAGUGUGCGUGUUAGGAGAUGCUAACCGGGCGGGAGAAAAAUACAAGGCGAAACCGUGCAAUUAUAUACUCCCUAUCCAUAGAAAUGAAAACAAUGCUCGCGAUGAAACCAUGUGCAUUUUGCAAAAAACUAGCAGACGAGUUGAAUCGAAGGGGCUGGGCGAUGAUAGUUCAUGUAUGAUAGUUGAUACGUUUGUUGACGAAUCCGUCCGUCGCAAUUUAGCAUCUUCUAUUUCGUAUGAUUUACCCACCAAUAGCGCUGAUCCAGAAAAGCUUGGCUGUUACUAUAGAUGCGUCGCAAAAUUUGGAUUUAACCAUAUUAUUGUAAUUGGAGGAUUGUCAUGUGGGUUGCUCUUUAUUGAUUGCUACAAACGGGUUUUUCAAUGGGAGGAUAUGGAACAGGUGUUAUGGCCAGUAGGGAAUUCACUUGAAGAUGUGAUUCCAUAUGAAGAUCUUGUCAUAUGGACUGUAGAAGAUGGUGUCGUGUAUGAAGAAUCCAAAGAUUCUUUAAUACCAGAUUCUCUUAAAGAAAAAGGCACAAAAAAAGGCACAAAAAAUAAACGCUCAAGGAAGAAAAAGAAAAAAAAAUAACGGAAUCAAGAUGACUUUAUAUAUUGCUUAAAGAUCAGAAGAUUAGAAACAAAAAUAAUAUUAAAUAAUUUACUAUUUUACAUUGUAACAAUUCUAUAUUCAAAACAAAAAUGAUAUAAUAUCUGCUUGUAAUUGCUAAAUAUAUAAUUUAAUUCC